UAUAAAAGCGAAAUGGUUCGGCUCAUUUGGCUAGAACCCUAGAACGCUCGACCCUCCGCCGCCGCCGACCCCACGCUUCUCCUGUGCAGCUCCGAGGUAAUUCGUAGUUUACACGAUGAAGAUGAUCGCUGCCUACCUGCUCGCCUACCUGGGUGGGAACUCUUCCCCGACUGCCGGUGACAUCAAGAACAUCCUGGAAUCAGUUGGGGCUGAGGCUGAUGAAGAAAAACUUAAGUUCCUUCUUGCUGAACUCAAGGGUAAGGACAUCACAGAAGUGAUUGCAGCUGGAAGGGAGAAGUUUGCCGCUGUGCCUUCAGGUGGGGGUGCCAUUGCUGUGGGAGCUCCAGCUGCUGCAGCUGGUGGUGCCGCAGCACCUGCUGCUGAGUCAAAGAAGGAGGAGAAGGUUGAAGAGAAGGAAGAAUCUGAUGACGACAUGGGUUUCAGUCUAUUUGACUAAGCACUUCAGCUCCACCCUCUACGCUCUGUUUACCCUAGUAUCUGUCGCGUGUGGCAUGGUACAACAGCGUCUGCAUAAUCUAGAGACCUAAAGUUCGUGCUAUUUUGCUUGGGACAAUGUAUAUGUUUAGUACCUUCGUAUGUGCGUGUGACUGCUUCUGCAGCUUUGAGAAGUUGAUUGAUAAUUCGCUGGA